AUGACGGGGAAUAAUACUUUUAACCUUUACUUCAUUUAUUUAGUAUACAAUUUUCUUCAAAAUGAUUUGGUUGGUACAAAUCCUCUUAAUAAAUUGAAGUCCUUAAUACCUGAUGAAGUUUUACUUUUGUCCAGGGCAUUUACUCAAAGUAUAGGGCUCCUUUCUUACACUUUUCUCAGGGAGACAGGUUGCGAUGACAUUAUUGUACCAACUGCUGAUUAUGAAUUUGACGAGCUGACUAAUUCAUUCAAGAGAUUAUAUCGUCAUGAUGAGAAACAUUUUUCUUCAAAUUUAUCAACGAUCUUGGAGUGGUCACCAUUUGACACAGAAGAUAAAUUGUUAGCACAAUUUAUUGACAUAGGGCAUCAUGGUACAAAGAUUAUGAUAUUCAACUUAUGGUUGAAUGAUGAUGGGAAUAUGGAGCUUGAUUUCCAGUUAGAUGCAAAGGAUAUUAUGAUUAGUGAAGCACAAAGACAAGUGCAGAAAAAUAAACAUGACAGUAAACAAAUUGCAAAUAGGCUACGUUUUUCUCUUCGAGCAUACAUAUCCAUCUUAUAUCUACGGAUACCACAAAAUUUCAGGAUAGUAUUGCGUGGGGAAGUUGUUAGACCUCACAACAUAGCUAAUGAUCUCAUAUAUCGGGAAUGCAUAUUGUAUAAACCACAAGCAUGUGGAGUUUCAGAGGCUUCUAUUGUCACUACCAUUGGAUUUCUAGAUGGCGCUCCAAAUGUUAAUGUCCAUGGAUUCAAUGUCUACCACAAGAAUCGCCUUAUAUUGCCUUAUUGGAAAGUUGCAAAUAAUUCCUAUGGAAAAGGCAGAGGAGUUGUUGGUGUACUUGAGACAAAUUUCAUAAAGCCUACUCAUGAUAAGCAGGAUUUUGAGAAGUCUGCCCUUUACCAAAAGCUUGAGAGUCGCUUGAAAGAGAUGACAUAUGAGUAUUGGGAUCUUCAUUGCCAUUUGGUGGGCUACUAUAACAACAAGAAGCCUGCAGCACCAAGACCAUCUUCUGUUGUUUGCCAGAUGCCUCAGUUGGGAACAUCUGGCUCUUUAGAUCUGGUUGAGACUAAGGAUUUUACACCAGCUAACCUGGAGAGAACCACUCUCAUUACUGCAUCCACACAACCUAUAUCCUGCACAACACCUACAGACUUAAAAUGUGAUGGUAGCAUACAGACCAGACUACCACUUAAAAGAAAGAAUGAAAAUCAAGUUGCUGUCACGCGAGAAACAAAAGUGCAGAAUUUAUCUAAUCCAUUUGGAUCUAGACGCACCAAGCCAACCAAAGAUUCUGGUUCUGGCGUGCAACCAAUUCCUGAUAUUAAAGCUAUGAUUUUAAAAAAUAAGGAGCUACGUGAUCAGUGCUUGGAGUACGAAGAGACAGAGAAACAACUUAUGCAAAAGGCGAAGAAACUUAGAACUGAGCUUCUAGAGGUUUUAGAGGCAUACAAGAAAUUGCUGAUUGAUGUCAUACCAAUUGAAGAUGUUAAAACAGAGACACUGUAGAUCAUUCUAUCUAAAGAACGUCUAUUAGUUAUCCUCUAAAGCACGACCAUGAUCCAUUAUAAACUGCCCAUAAUCUUAAAAAGUUCUUGGAAAGGAUGAGUUCAUCUUAUGUGAAAUAUUCACUUGCAAAAAUUUUAGAUGCAGAAAAGGUUGUUCCGGCUGAUAUGUUGUAAGGCCAUUAUUCUCAUGGCCGAUAUGUUGUAUGAUCAUUAUUCUCAUGUAAGAUGAACCUGUAAUCUGGCUACCUUGUGCUUAUUUGCUGUUGUAAUUUGUAAAAGUACGAGUAUAGUGGUUUUAGCAUUCCAUUGAUUUCUUUUGGAAGAUCA